AUGAUCACUAACCAACUAAUGCCAAGAACAAAUGAUGUAGCUGGGGAAUCAAAAACGGCGUCACCAACCCUACGAGACCGACGCCUCAGCGGGGACUCUGGAUUUUCUUCACAAAACGCGCUCUCGGACGAUGAAUCUUGCCCGACGCGGGUCGACGAGGUGUUUGCCGAGGAUGUUAGCGAUGAAGAUGGCCUGCAGUUCGCUAGCAAUCUCGAAGUUGCUGCGCGCUUAUCCAUGAGCCCGCAGGCCACGGAUCUGAAGAGGGCAAUCGCCGCCAUGCGGCUUGAAUAUUCCAAGUUUACACCCACUUCCCUGGAGGAAGAUCUGCAAAUAAUGCUCUCGAGAUAUGAAGGCCUGAGAAACAAGCUUCAGGAUCUGACCGCAGUGGAUUAUGAACAAACCGUCUUGCUAGUCCAAAAGUUGUACAACAACGGACCUACUCCACUCCGCCUCGAUUUCCUUGAGCUCACCCAACUGGUCUUCCAUCUCUGCGCUGCAUUCAGGCCGAACAGGAUGCUGCGUAAUCAAUGUGCGCAGUACUUUUGCGAUGCAAUGACCCAGAUGGAAGAAGUUCUAGAGGCGGCAAUCUCUUUCGAACAACUGGAACGUUUGGCGCAGAUCCUGCAACACUGCCUCCAGUCGUUUAUGUUCUUCACAGAGACGCUAGACCCGUACUAUUACGCGAAGGGCAUGCGGCAUCUUACCCGCGCCCUAUAUGGCUUCGUCUAUGCAGUUGAAGGAUGCACUGAUUUCCAUGAAUUCCUCGAACAACAUACCGGUCGCAUUGAACAGCUGUCUUAUGAAGUUGCCUUCCUCUUCGAAAACUUCUGUCAUGUCUUCGAUACAAACGAAGAUGCCCAGCGAGCGUUCUCAUCACUGCGACUGAUUCACGAAAAGCGCGGAAGUACACACCCCUGGGAACUGCUUCGGAUGAUCAACAAGGCGAUCGGAAGCUUUUCAAAGAUGCCGGAACCAAUUUCUGCCGCAAAGCUUCUGCAAAAGCUGAUGGGCUCGAUAAGGAGUCCCUUUCUGGAGCAGACUGACGAACGAGUGGUUGCAGAAGUUCAGAGCAACGUAGAACAGGCACUCCCCGGUGGCUUCAUAGCCCGGGAGGAAAUGAUCUUCAAUGGAGUCCGCGUCGGUAGUAACGUUCAUGUGCCAUGGAAGAUUUUUUUGAACCAAAAUGGACCGGUUCCGGAGGAAGCCACGGCUGGAAAGUCAAGCAGCAUUGCAGUCUCUUCGACGUCGCAAACACCAAAGCCGGUCACCUCUGUGGAGUGUUGGUACAUCGCGCCUCGGAAACAACAAUUUAUUGAUAGCAGCUCGCAGCAAACUCCUUUGAAGAAGUUACGUCUGAAGCCGUCUUUCGCCUACCCGUUGGCCAAGCUACCUCAUUUUUACAACAGGACACCAUGUGUAUACAACAGC